AGGGAUGUAAACAAGUCUUUUUCAAUGGUCAAGUGCUGACGUUAACUGACCAGGGGCUUAUCAGUAGCGCACAGCAUGGUGAACAAGAUUGCCAAAACAGUUUACAGGGCGGCAGCAUUUGCCAGCAGCCCGGGAUAACUCUGGCCCCUGGAAAUAACUUUCAGCAGCACGGUCACGGUGGGAUGACUCCUGGCAACAUUCUCGGUCAAGGAAACUACAACCACAGCAGCCAACUUGGACAAGCCAAUCAGAAUCAGCCGCUUAUCUACACCAUCAACGAACAAGGUCAACUGGUACAACUGCAUUCAUCUAUAAAUCAGAUGCAGUCUGCCACGACGGGCUUGGAUUUUGUGUCCGUCACAGGUGCGGGUGGAAAUAUCAUAUCUGGUUUCCAGAACUCGACGGCGGGCAACGGAGGCAUGAUCCCAUCGUCAUUGCAUCACCAGGCACAGUCCAGUUUUUUGGGUCAGUCUCCAAUAGUGUCACUGGCGGGAGGCCAGGGAUCCAACCAGCCAUUCACACUGAUGCCGCCGAAUCACGGGAAUUCACUUCAAAGCCAACUCCUGUCUGCCAGCUCUUUGUUUAUGACACACCCGAUGUCUCAACAGCAACAGGUAAGCCACUGAUCAGCUAUUGGCUAUAUUUGAGUAAGCAUUGGUCUGUUAAAUUAAUGAGACUUUGUGUAAGCAUUGGUCAGUUAAAUGAACUGUUAAAUAAAUAGGACUUUGUGUAAGCAUUGGUCAGUUAAAUGAACUGUUAAAUAAAUAGGACUUUGUGUAAGCAUUGGUCAGUUAAAUGAACUGAUAAAUAAAUAGGACUUUGUGCUAGCAUUGGUCAGUUAAAUGAAGAUAGUAUAAACAACUGUUUAGUACUUUUUAUAUUUAAUAUGACUUAUACAUUUAUUUGCGCUACCUUAAAUAGUUGGUACUUUUUGUAUUUAAUAUUACAAAAAAAUUGAUUUGAGCUAGCUUCAAUAGUUGAUAAUUUAUUUAAUAGAUCAAAAUGUUACAGUUUUAUUUAUAUUUUGCAAAUUAAUAUUUCAAUGCUUCUCAAAGAGGUAUUCCAUGCAUCAUGUCGAUAAUUAACUGAAGUGUUUGGGAUCCACAUGGUUUUACCUUUUUUUGAAGUGAAACAAAGCCAUCUGUAUCGGAGCAAUGCCAUUAAUUAUAGGCCGGAAGCUAAGAAAUUAAUUCGUGUAGUUAAUGACGAUGUUAUAUGAAUCUAAUUUCAAGGAUGUUAUUUUUUUUUUUUUUAAGGUUCUCAACCUGGCUGGCCUUGGAGGACUUCAGAUGGUGAACCCAUUUACUGGCAUGUUCAACACUGUGGGCACGGCUCUGAAUGGCGCCACUGUGAAGUUGGUGGGCAACGAGUUGAAGAUUGUACAGCCAGGGGACAACACAGCCCCUCAAGGGCCCACUCAUGUCAUGGUGGAUGGCUCACUCAUACCAAUCUCCACCAAUCCACAGACCAUAGUGCCAACAGCUGCUCCGUUGAAUACCAUUGGGCAGAAGCAGUCCCAGUUGGCAUUAGGAGGGAACCCCAUCCUACAGGUAAUAAAAACUAACAUUGAACUGGUAAGGUAACCCCAUCCUUUAGGUAAAUAAAAUCAACACUAUAGGAAGGACUUGGAAAUGUAACCUUACCCUCCAGGUAACAACUCAAUUUUCAUAAGAUAUCUCUCUAUACUUAAGGAUGGGGUUACCAUAGACCCAUAUUCAGACUGGUCAACUACAAUUUAUCAUAGACUAGACCCACAUUUAGUCUGGUUGCUUACCAUUUAUCACAGACCCAUAUUCACACAUAUUUGUUACAUUUAUCAUAACCCAUAUUCACACAUGUUGGUUACAAUUUAUCAUAGACCCAUAUUCACAUGUGUUGGUUACAAUUUAUCAUAGACCCAUAUUCACAUGUGUUGGUUACAAUUUAAUCUCUUAUUUAAGUAUAUGGCUGGUUCUUAAACAGUACACAACAAAAGAUGAUACCAUAUGUUAAAUACUAUAACAAAGAAUACGAUACUCAAACCUGGGCUAAUCACAAUUAAUGAAUUUAUUAGGUUAAUAAUAAAUUACAAAAUCAGAAAUACAUAAAAUUAAAGCUAUUGAUUUACAGUAUAAUGAUUGGCUAGUUCCGGUAAAAUUUUGAAGUAGAUACAAUGUUGUAAAAAAAAAGGUACAGUGAUGAAAAGGAAUCUACACACACAUAUCAAAAUGUUAGUAAACAAAUCUCUGUCUCGUAUAGAAAAAUCUCUAUGGUAAUAGUGCUCAAAAUAUCUCACAUAUGAUCUUCCCGUCACUCAAUCACCCUAUGCCUAUAUAUAGCCUGUUUCAUAGAAACUUCUCGAACUGACUUACACAUUGUAUUCCUUUUUCGAUAUUUCUAUAUAAUUCUACAGAAUUCUAAUAAUAAUAUUGACCAUCGAUUUUAUUUAUUUGUAAUCGAUGUCAAGGGAGACUAUUUUUAAAUUAGCCAUACCCUUAUAGCGCUGGUGAACUUGGGGUCAGCUUAAGUUCAUUUACCAGAACAUAUGAAUGAAAUUAAACGAGACGUCUAUAACACCCACAUUCACACAUGUUGGUUACAAUUGAUCAGAACUUGUCAUAAAGGAUUCCUGUCUCAAAAUUGAUAAAAUAUACCUGCCAUGUUUUAGUUCUUGGAUUCAUCUCUACAUAGAUGUUUUUUGUUUACUCUCUUCCCUGUCAGUAUGACCCAACAAACCCCAGUGCCCCACCGAUCCUGAUAAACGCCCCGGCGACAACCUUCCAGAUGGCUCCUCAGAUCUUAGGGUCCGGGCCUCUUCACUCGCCAGCAAUGUCAGCUCCGCACGGUAUUCUACAGAUGGCCCCGGCGGGGGCCCAGCUGGGCUCAACGACACCUUUCCAACUGGGCAAAAAUGGAGGACUGGUUGUGGCCUCAACCAUGGUUGCCAGCACAGUGACCACCAACUCUGUGACCGCUUGUAUCAGUUCUCCUUCUGUUACUGCCGCUUCUAAGGGAGCUAAGGUGUGUCAUUUCAGCCAGAGUGUAAACCCCGUACCGCAAUGAUUAUUCAUUUUCCAAACCAGUCAAGGAGAGCUCAAUUGACUAGCAUAGAAUCAUAAUUAUCUAGAUCUAAAUUUAAAUAAACUUUAAGAACAUUUUUUUUUCUACUGAUAUAUCACUGCCACCAUCUUUGUUUCUUAACAGUUAUAAACUUAAAGGCUUUCAAACAGUAAAUGUUAAACUUGACUUACAGAAAUAUGGCUGUCAUGAAGCUUGCCAAUCAUUCCUUAAUUCACCAAUCAUUCCUUAAUUCACCAAUCAUUCCUUAAUUCACCAAUCAUUCCUUAAUUCACCAAUCAUUCCUUAAUUAACCAAUCAUUCUUUAAUUCAUAGGGUCUUCCAGCACUGGCCCCAGCAUUGUCGCAAACAAGUCCAACCAUGGGGUCAACAGUUGCCAUAAGCAGUGGCUACCAGAGCAUCCUGCCCUCGCAACAGUUCAUCAUCAAUGGCCAGAAGAUAGUGACAAAGCUCAACCCAUCAACCGGCCAGCCGACUAAACUCUCCCAGAAUAGGAAGAAAUCUCCUUCAGCUUCUAGAGCGUCUCCAAUAGCGGCAGCAGAAAUCUCACAGCACUACAUUCAACAGCCCCUCUCAACAUCUUCCUCCGCGGUCCCUCUAAGCAAUCUCAAGAUGUCGUCUGCUAUUGAUAAGUCCAAGAACAAAUCCAAGGGGAGUCGGCAGCAGGGAGGCCAGCACUACGAGGAGAAGACCCCCAUCAUCAAAACAGAUCUGCUGGCACAAGCCACGGCCAC